AUGCCACGUCCCCCGCUGCCCCCCAGCACCUGCUCGCUUCCCCUCCCCGAGUCGUCCUCCUCCUCGGAGGAAGAGGAGGAGCGCAAGAGGAAGAGCGCCAAGAAGAAAUCCAAGAAAUCCAAAAAGAAAUCCAAAAAGAAAAAGAAAAAGUCGUCCUCCGAGUCGGGCUCUGAUUCCUCCUCUGAUUCCUCCUCUGGUUCCACCGUCUCCUACCGGAGCACCUCCAGUGUGAAGAAGGGCCCGCGGGCGGCCGGGGGAGAGGAGCCGGUGCGCCCCGACCGGGCCAGGAAGGAGGAGAAGCGGCGCAAGAAGCAGGUGGACAGCCUGAUGAUGAAGUACCUGUACCGGCCUGAGAGCGACUGAGGCAGGAGCCCCCCGAGCUGCCGGAAACCCUUCUCCUAUGACCGAUGGGACGAGGAGCUGGAUGCCACAGAAAGCACGGAGCGCUCAUCCCACAGCCCCACCAGCGAUGGCGAGACGGAGAGCCGCACCGCCGAGACCCCCGCGUAGCCCCCACCACCCUUCCCAUGGCCCCGACAUGCUGGGCUCCUCGGGACCCCCCGGGCAGCCACUAUUUCUUUUUUGCACGGUGAAGAAAGGGGAAGGAACACACUGCCAUCCCCAUCCCUCGUGCAGGGGGGCAGCCCACCCCUCCCACCCCAUCUGUCCCCGGCGGCUCCAUCAGUUCUUCCUCAGUGCCUGCUGUCUCCUUAUUUUAUAAGUUAAAAUACCCCCCCGGACACCAUCCUCCAUGCUCCUCAUCCCCAUUUAGUUGAGCCAAAGACGUCUCUGGCCGGGCCUCGGGGCCAGCCGCCCCACAGCCACAAAGGGGACGUGGGGACGGGGUCCCCCAUGGGCAGUCGCCUCCCCUAUUGCCCCCCACCCCACCGGUUGUUUUGCACUACAGCUGUGCAGCCCUUCCUACCCCAUUCCUUUCCAUCCGAAAAUAAAGAAACGUCAUUUCUGGCUGGUGA